AUGUCGACUUCUCUUCCCCCUCAGAUGAAUGCCCUCAUUGUCGAAGGCCACGGCAAGGUCGCUCUUAAGCAGACCGAGACGCCCAAGCCGGAUGACCACUCGAUCAUUGUGCGCGUGCACAACGUGGCUCUGAACCCCACGGACUGGAAGCACCUCGACUACUUUGGCAAGGUGGACACGACCCUCGGCUCUGACUUUGUCGGCACGGUUGUGACCAAGGGUGCGCAAGCCGGCACCAAUGUCCAGGUCGGUGACCGUGUCGCUGGUAUGGUGCACGGUGGCUGGGACGUCGGUGUUGGCGCCUUUGCCGACUACCUCAAGACGCACCCCGCAUCGGUGACGCCCAUUCCUGCCUCGGCCAAGGACGAGGAGGUGGCCGGUCUCGGCGUCGGUGGCUACACGGCGUACUUUGGUCUCUUCCAGCCGAAGCACCUCGGCCUGCCUGCCCCCCCGGCGGACCUCCGGGGCCUGGGUCCGAUCGACCAGAGCAAGAAGCUGCUGGUCUGGUCGGGGGCCACGUCGGUUGGUCAGUUUGUGAUCCAGUUUGCGCGCGCUGCUGGCAUCCAUGUGAUCGCCACGGCCUCGCCGAAGAACCACGCGUUCCUGAAGGAGCUCGGUGCGGCGGAGACGUACGACUACUCGGACGCUGCGACGCCGGACAGGAUUUCGGCGGCCCACCCCGACCUUACGCACGCCUUUGAUACCUUCUCUGAGAAGGGCUCGCAGGAGUCGUGUGCGCGUGCACUGUCCAAGACGCAGCCGUCGAAGCUCGUCGUGAUUCUUCCCCUGAGCAAGGAGCUCGCCUCUGUCAACGACAAGGUCAAGGGCACCUUCCUGCUGAUGUACACCGUCGGUGGCGAGGCGUUCAGCAUGUUUGGCGAGAACUUUUCGAAGGAGUACGCGCAGGAGGACCAGCAGUACAUGGUCAAGUUUACGCAGAGUGGCGUCUUUACGAACCUGCUCGCUGCUGGCCUCGUGAAGCCGAACCGCACGUCGCCCCAGACCGGCGGCCUGCAGGCGAUCCCCGCGGGCCUGGACCGCCUGCGCCAGAACAAGGUGUCGGGCGAGAAGCUGACCUAUGCGAUCCAGUAA